AUGAACUUGUAUUUCUUCACUGUGGAAUUCGGGCUAUGUCGUCAACCAGACGGUAGUUUUCGUGUUUACGGUGCUGGCUUGCUAUCAUCUGUGGCUGAAUUGCAACAUGCUCUUGCAAGUCCUGAAAAAAUUAAGCGUUUUGACCCCGAUGUUACUGUAAAUGAGGAGUGUAUAAUCACAUCAUACCAGAAUGCCUAUUAUUAUACCGAUUCAUUUGAGGAAGCUAAGGAGAAAAUGAGAGCCUUUGCUGAUAGCAUACAGCGUCCUUUUGGAGUUCGUUACAAUCCUUACACUCAAAGCGUUGAAAUUCUUAGCAACGCUCAGAAAAUAACGGCGUUGGUGCGCGAGUUACGUGGGGAUAUUUGCAUCGUUUCCUCAGCCAUCAAGAAGAUUUCUGCACAAGAUUCCACACUUGAUGUAGAAACGAUUGCAAAUAUGCUGCAUACGGGACUGCAGGUGAACGAAAGGAGUCCGCAGAGUACAUCUGGCGGAAGCUCGCCCAACUCAGAACACCAUCUCUCGCCUAAACACGGAAAAUAA